CUUGCCGUAUGUACCUAGAACCUAGGCAGGCAGGCAGAUGCGCCUUCGCGAUGGGUUUCAAAGAAGACAUCAUUUAACUCGGAUUAGGUUUGUACGGCCUUUUAUCUUAGUUGAGUCGCUACGUGUUUGUUAACCUCGAAUGAUAUACUAUUACGUCGAGGUAUUCAGCACAAUACCCUUGGGAAUGGUCCCGUUAUAGCACUUAGUUAUAUCCACACAACCGUCACCCCAGCUCCUCCGAUUGCUGUGUUGAAUGACUCGCUCGCUGGUCCUUGGGCAGCCCAUCCCGACUAGAAAAACUGGGUAUUGCUCAUCGUAUCCCAAUAAUUAGCUCCCAGUCGUUUGAGGCCGUGUUAUAUAGUAGAAUAAGAGAGCCAAUAUGCCACGGGGCCAAGAAAGCGAGAAAGAUGGGGAUAACUCCCCCUUACUCUCGGGAUUGCGACAAGAUCACGAUAGCGAUGCUCGAAAUAGUCUAAUACCUAGAUUACUUCUAAUAUUCCUACCGUUUGCGAUAUUAUUUUCAAUCGCGUGUCUCCCGCCGCAACGCCUAACGCAGAGUCUCAAGGUAUGGCCGUCUUACUCAGGGGAGAGCUGGAAGGGAGAGUCGUAUGGUAGAGACGAUGAAUAUCUUAUUGGAGUUGGAAAGGCUGAUAUUACUGGUCCUUGCGUCGAGAUCAACUUAAUGGGAUAUGCCGACCCGCAUCAAAUCGGAACCGGUUUACGACAACGACUCCAUUCGCGAGCAUUUAUCGUAGCCGACCCUACCAAUCCAUCCGAUAGAUUCGUAUACCUUGUCCUCGACACGCAGUCCGGUGAUACGGCCGUUCGAUACGGUAUCUUGUCGGGAUUGCAGGAACUUGGGCCUGAAUAUGAUAACUACGGGCAUCACAAUCUGGCUGUGACAGGCACCCAUUCGCAUUCAGGCCCUGGUGCUUGGCUCAACUACCUGUUACCUCAGAUCACGAGCAAGGGCUUUGACCAGCAGAGUUAUCGGGCUAUAGUCGAUGGCGCUCUCCUAUCCAUUCGUCGUGCGCACGAAAGUCUUACACCGGGACAUCUCAGUGUUGGAUCUACUAAAGUAUUCGGGGCCAAUAUCAACAGGAGCCUUUUCGCAUAUCUCGCAAAUCCAGAAGAAGAACGUGCAAGAUAUAAUAUCAGUUCCGAAGAUGAUGGAUCCGUAGAGAAGGACCUUACUAUGCUCAAAUUCCAACGAGCUUCGGAUGGCAAAAAUAUUGGCGUGCUUACUUGGUUCCCUACGCAUGGGACCUCAGUGCUUGGAAACAACACUUUGAUAUCAGGUGAUAACAAAGGAGUGGCGGCAUAUUUGUUUGAGAAGAGCGUUGCGGGUGAUGAAACUGCAGCAGAUGGUUUCGUUGCUGGCUUCUCACAAGCAAAUGUUGGUGAUACCAGUCCCAAUGUUCUUGGAGCGUGGUGUGAAGACGGUUCAGGACGAAGGUGCAGCUUUGAGAAUAGCACUUGCAGCGAUGGUCGAUCUCAGCAUUGCCAUGCUCGAGGUCCUUUUUUUACGGUUGAUGAUGAAGGGACAUCUUCAUGCUUUGAGAUUGGCAAACGCCAAUACGAACCUGCGAAGAAGCUCUACGAUCAACUCAACCAAGAACCGAAUCCAGUACGUGGGAGCUGGGUAAAGUCCUUCCACACAUUUCACAAUAUGUCUAAUCAUCAGUUUCAACUGCCCAACGGAACAGAAGUAAAGACAUGUCCUGCGGCAUUGGGUUACUCCUUUGCAGCUGGUACCUCUGAUGGACCUGGUGCUUUCGACUUCACUCAACAUAGCAACAAUGCUUCGAAUACCUCUCCGGUAUGGCGUGUUGUAGGCGGCAUGCUCAAGAAUCCAACGGAGGAUCAAAUCGCAUGUCACGCCCCAAAGCCCAUCUUACUAGAUGUCGGUGAGGUGUCUAGCCCAUAUCAAUGGACUCCAAAUGUUGUUGAUGUACAAGUCUUCCGUGUUGGUCAGUUGGUUAUCAUUGUCAGUCCAGGUGAAGCAACAACCAUGGCUGGAAGACGCUGGAAAAACGCGGUUGGUAACGAGGCCACAGCGCUGUUUGCAGAUGAGGGUCAAUCGGCUUCCCCUAUCGUUGUUCUCGGUGGACCUGCAAAUAGCUACACACAUUAUAUCACUACGGAAGAAGAAUACGGGAUUCAGCGAUACGAAGGUGCGAGCACACUGUACGGGCCGCACACCUUGGCGGCCUACAUCAACGUCACUCUGUCCUGGAUACCGUCCCUGAGUUCGUCGGCUAACAGCCGGCCACCUAGAGGACCAGAACCACCAGAUAACAGUAAUCGUAGUCUUAGCUUCAUCCCUCAUGUCAUUCACGAUUCCCCGCCUCUCUUUAGAAGUUUCGGCGAUAUUAAGCAAGAUGUAGAAGAGAAAUACCAAAAAGGCGUACGAGUCGCUACAAAAUUCGUCGGUGCCAACCCAAGGAACGAUCUCCGCCUCGAGCAGAAUUAUGCCGUCGUUGAGAAGCUCAUCGAUGGAGUAUGGAAGGUGGUCCGUGACGACAGCGACUGGUACCUGGUGUUCCGGUGGCGCCGCACCAGCGAGCUACUAGGUACCAGCGAGGUUGAAAUAACCUGGGAGACGGCGGACCCGUGGGCGGAGCCGGGACGCUAUCGGAUCCGGUAUUUUGGCGACGCCAAGAGCUUGGCGGGGCAGAUCACGGAGUUCGAGGGUGUAAGUGGUGAGUUCGAACUCGUCGAUGAUCAAUGAUCGAUGAUCGAUGAUCGCCCGAUCGAGAACCUGUGGGGCGGUCCAAUGAGUGGUUCCGCCCAAUGCUCCGGGUCGUGUCGCUUUGUUUGUUUGUUUAUGCUAUUUUAUUUGUACAUAUCAUAUCUUACAGCGGGGACUCCAUGCAUACCUAGGUAUGUACCUACCUAAGGUAGGUACAAAAUAGAAUGAAUGUACUACCAUAAAGCUCGGGGUGUUACAAUGGUGAUGCGUGGUGCCGUCAGCGGCGCGUUAGGCUUUCUUGGGACACGAGGAAAGGAAACUUGAUACAAUGUAAUGCAGGUCUGUCUUGUCGGAUAAAUCAGGUGGGAUAAAUAGGAGGUAGAUAGAUGUUAUCGCAAUACCUACAAAUAUCGGGAAUACUUGGAGAGCGGAAAAGGGGGAACUCCCUGUUCCUUGGAUCUGGAGAACUAGACGGUUUAGCGGUUAUUAGCGCAGGGGUAAAUUGGAGAUUGUUCUAUGUAUGUAUGUGAUGGUUGAUCUGAUUUGCGACGGUUUUCUCGAUGGAUGUGAAAGAAUGGCAUAACCUUGGCUUAGUGAUGAUGAUGUGUUUGUUCGGCACGUUAGAUUCGAUAAUGAGAUGCGAUAUAAUCCGUUCAUGCAUGAUUUUAAUGUUGUACCUUGCCAACCCCACGGGAAUAUCAUCUCGUAUUCUGCUGGGUUUAUC